CUGCUAACUUCCUACUUGCUCUUCAGAGCUGAUGGUGAAGGACGCCCGCUGCACGUUUCAGCUGGCCAGCCUCUAUCAGGAAAAGACCCGCCUGAUAGAGCAAAUCACUGAGCUGGAGAGUUCCCCGCCACACCUCAGAGUCCCCAGGACCACCCAGGCCAUCUUGACCUCCCGGAGAAGCAUCUACCAGGGCGUGACCACCCUCCUCCAUCCUCCACCCGAGCAGCAGCACCUCUACGCCCAAACCCUCAGACCCGUGGACUGCUCAGACUACCUGAUGAUGGGCUACACUACCAGUGGCGUCUACAACAUUUACCCCUUCAGCUGUCGGUGCUCGAAGCCAGUGAAGGUGUGGUGUGACAUGGAGUCGGAAGGGGGCGGAUGGACGGUGUUUCUGGCCCGGAAUAACCAAACACACAGGGAGAACUUCAACCGUACCUGGAAUGACUACCGUGAGGGCUUCGGGAACGCCUCGGGGGAGUACUGGCUGGGAAAUGAGGUGCUGUACCUCAUGACCAACACCCGAUUCUACAACCUGCGUAUGGACUUCCGGCUGAUUACGGGUGAACUCAAGUGGGGCGAGUGGUAUAAGUUCAAAGUGAAGAACGAGGCCAGCAGGUACCAACUGGAGGUUCCCUCAUACAAUGGGUUGAGCACGAUCGACCACUGCUUCUCCCUCAGUAACGGCCGUUAUUUCUCCACAUAUGACUACGAUAACGACGGUAGCUCAGGCAAGAACUGCGCCCAGGAGAGUAAGGGUGGGUGGUGGUACAAUAACUGCGGCAACCUUGACCCCACAAUCCCCUACACACCUUUGGGCCAACUCAAUACCACCUGUACCCACAAGAAUUACAACAAAAAGGUUCCAAUGCUUGGUCCCUGGCUGCAGAUGAAGAUGCGGCCAACCAUCUGCAGCGACAACGUCAAGGCUGUCUACUUCAACGGCUACACCUGUCAGUCACAUAAUGAUUGAAACCACAUGUUUUAACAAGUACCGGCUACAGAUUUGACUCACGUUACGUGAGUUUUAACCAGAUGCCCAGCUUCCGUGACACUUUUAUAUGUGAAUUAAUGUCUCCCAAAAUAAUAUAUAAUUCCAGGUGUAUUAUAAAAUAGUUUAAUACAAAUUGUAAACAUAAAAUGUACGAAAAAAUAAACCUUAUUCUAACAACUA